CUUCUCAACGGGAUCUUCAUUUCUUCAUUUCCACUCGUUUCGUUCGUUCGCGAUCCGGUAGUGGAAUGUCGGACGAUUGGUCUGUGGCCACGCAACCCGUCGCCGUCGCCGUCGACGCCGUUACACACGGUUGCGCGCAGUCAGCAGGUUGCGUUCGCAACAGGGUGAACCGCCCCGGGCGCUCUCGAUGUUGCGAUCUGCGAUGCCGCAGAACUUUGCGAAAUUAACACUGCUUGCUAAUGUGUCAGGCUAAUGCGAGCUGUUGUUGUUAUUGCUAAAGAUCGGAUGAUCGGAUGAUGUGCUUGAGGUGCUGAAUUCAUCAGCUACACUCCAACACCUCAAAGAUCGUAAAGGAUCUGUUCCAAAGAAUCUGUUCUGAAUCAUGCCCAUCAUAUGGCCCUUGUUUGGAUGAAUGUCCUCCUACACGAAAUCCGGUCAAGUUCGUACACUAAACCUAACCGCCUGACGGGGUUCGCUGAUUCAUCACCCUGUACUCGUGCAGCUCAGAAGUAAACGUAUCAACGCGUGCAACGUCAUCGUUUCUUUUCGCCAACGGCCACCAACUACGGGUGCUGACGCGAUCGCGCACCCCAACUCGAGCGGCAGCGUCGAACCGAAGUUGAACCGAAGUGAAGUCGUUUCGCAGAGCCCGGGGAGAUCCCUGCCUGUUCAUAUAAAAUGCUUUUACUUGGCCGCGGCGCACGCCAAUUUCGUAUUUUCCUUCAACCGUCGAAGACGACGACGACCGUUGGGUACGUUGAUUGUGGACGCGCCAAAACUCGCUCAACCCGUCGGAGAAGAAAACUGAAGGAAAAGGAAGGAAGGAAAGCAGAGCGGAGACAUCGUACGAUCAUCGUGUGCGGAAUUGGAAGGCCCCGUUUCUUUUUGUUUGGCCCGUUUUUUUUUUUGGUUUUUGGGUGGGUAGAUUUUUAUGUGUGUGCAACUUGCUGGUUGUGUUAAGUAUUGGCGAUCGUUCGAAGGUUAGACGGUGUGUAUAACAGAGCCCAGAAGAGUGUGUCUAGUGGCGAGGUGUGGUGUGUAUACUACCUUCGUGGAGUGAGCGUAGAGCAGACCUUCCCGACCUCCCAUUCGAGGGUUCUACUGUCUCCUAAGGCCGCUAUCUCGAGUCUAGAACAUCUAGGGAGAACAUCGUGAUCGCUUAUGUUGGAGAGCGAGUGGUGUUGGGGGGGAUGGACGGUGAAGAGGACGGGCAGCGGUAGCAGCAGCUAAUUUUACGCCCAAUUAGCGCCGUGCUUGAACAGUAUUUGCUGCCCGCUGCGUUUGAUCGCAGGAGCUGCUGGUACGCAGUAGCAGUGAAAUCGCACCGGAUCGCGUGAUCGUGCCGACGUGCACUAUCGCCGUCUACGACCACGACAACAGGAACAGGCAUUAACCGAAAGGCAGAAGAAAUGUGACCCUCCAGAUCCCUGUGGUGUCGAGUGCAAACCCGUAAAGAUAAGCAGCUAUGUCGCAAGUGAAAGUUCACCAACAUCCCCGUCGCCAGCAGCAGCCCAGGCGUUGUUGGGCAGCACUAGAACGCUUGCUGGUGCCCUUGAUAGUGGUACUGCUGUCAGUGACAGUGACGAUGACGGUCGGUGUCCAGGGACAACAGCAGCAGCAGCUACUACCAGCUGGUGCUCUGCAUCCACAUCAUCAUCAGCGGCAUCAACAACACCAUCAUCAUCGUACAGACAACGUCAUUGAUGUUGAUAACGCCGAUCAAGAAGAUGGUGACGAUGGUGGUGGCGGUGGUGGUGGUGGCAAUGGUCGAAAGGACCACGAAAAAUGGUUGGAAAACUUCCUGCUCACCGAUUUACUGAGUGAUGGCGAACGGGAACGGCGUCUCGUUUGGAACGGUAUCAUCGGAAAGGAGACCAGCAUCGCCGACAAUAGUUCCAACAAAACGCUGAUGCUCUGGCAGAUGGCCACACCGAACGGCCUGAUCCAGAUCAUCUACAACAGCGAGGGCGAAAUGAUGGACUGCGAGUACGUCCGGCAGCGCACGAUGGUGCACCAGUUCCGGGCCCAAUUCACGGCCGAGUUCGUGCAAGCGCGGGCACGCAACUUCACCUCCCCGCUCACCGGCCCACCACGCCAUUCGCUCGUCUCGGAUCACGAGUUUCGAGACUACAUCGACCGGGGCAUCGUAACACCCGAGAUGCAGGAACUGCAGUACAACGUGUUCGAGUUUCCGGCCGGCUCGGCUAGCGCACCGCCACAGAGCAACCGUCCGGCCGUCGUCAGUGAUGCUUUUGGGAUGCGGAACCUAACCUACAUUCCGUUGCGUGCGUUCGAGGAGAUACCGGAGGAGUUGGCCGCGUUGCUGAACUACCAGGAGCUGAAGCAACGGUGUAACGUGCGGCAUAAGCAGCUGAAAGAGAUUGCCAGUGGUUUGCAGAGCGCCGAUCCCGAGCGCAAGCGGAUAGCGAGCGAAAAGCUGCAGAGACAGCGCCGCGAUCUGUCCAACAUGCUGCGCGUCCCGGGCACCAAGUGGUGCGGUAAGGGUUGGAGUGCCCGGAAUUACGUCGAGAUGGGCGGCAACUCGAAGGCGGACCGGUGCUGCCGCCAGCACGAUCUCUCCUGCCCGUUCUGGGUGCUGGGCUUCGAGACGAAGUACGGACUGUUCAACUGGCGCGUCAACACGCUGAUGCACUGUAGCUGCGACGAAAGGUUCCGUACCUGCCUGAAGAUGGCUGACUCGAGCGACGCCAAUCUGGUGGGCAAGCUGUUCUUCAACAUCAUGCAGAUGAAGUGCUUCGUGAUAAAGCCGGAAACGCGCUGCGUGAAGAAGUCGUGGUGGGGCAAAUGCGAAAAGAAGGUGCGCGUGAAGCGUGCCCAUCUGCGGGACAAUCGACGGUUCUAGAGUGCAAGUACCGUCGAUCUAUCCAAGCUCAACAACACUACACUAAACUACCAAUUAAUUCAGCAACGUGAACGUGAUUCCUGAAGCACGCGCCGUGUGUGUGUGUGUCUCUGCGCUCCUCCUACCGCAAAUGCGGAAUGUUAUUUAUUGUCCUUAGAGGAAGGAGGUCGCUCCUCUAUCACUAUUUAUUGGGAACCCCGAAGGAAUAGCGAAAUGGAUUAGCAUUAAACUAGUUUUAAGGUUAGGCGUCGUCAUCUCAUCAACAAUCGAUCGGAUUCCUAUUAGUUGCCGUAAGACUUUUCUCUGCUCUAGGUUAACACGCGCACGGUGAUAGAGUGUUGUUGUUGUUGCAUAAAAUGGAGGAUCGAGCUGAUGAGCUCUCGUCCUCACCUCCUACAGGUGAUCUUAAUUGUAUAUAAAGAUAUUAGAAUUAGUGCGAUUGCUUCGCUGAAUCGCCGGGAGCGCCAGAUCUGAGGCAAGGCGAGGCGGAUAGAGUAUUAUAGUAAAUGGCCGCGUAGCACCAGAAAUGGGCCCCAAACCUCCAAUUCCAUGACAUUGCCGUCGUUGCCGAGGUAGAGAGACGAGCUUUAGCAUUCGUAGACUGCCAGAGCGGAUAAUAGAAUAGGUAUUUAAAUGAGGAAUAAGAAAACCUCCGGCCCGGGAUAUAGUUAAGGUAUUAUUGAUAAGCAGUUGUGCGUUGUAUUGAAUAGGGUUCCUACAAGGGGCCACGUGGGCCAGGAUAUGAGACUCCCGAAAUUAUCCACCAACAGAUCGCAGCCACGAGACAUGUAACAGCGAACUGCUGCACGACGCUUUUAUACUUAAAUACUCUUAGAGACAGUGUAGGAGUUGUACAUACGAUUCACGAUUGCUGUUGUACAUACAUCGGAAGGGAUGCUGUUGUAAAUAAAAGGCCGCGGAGCUGCUUUAAGAACACUAGGGUGUUAGGAAGUAUCGCCGGGGACGAAGGGCAUUUACAAUUGUUAGUUUUGCCGAAUGAAUCCUAAUGUACAGAAAGUGGAUAAAGAAUUAAAAUUAAACAGAGAAAAUUUAGAAGUGUAACAAAAGAUAACACCUAAGCCUAAGAAUACCCAAUCUGGGAAGUGCGAAAGCAAUAAAUCAAACAUUAAAAUAUUACAAACAUACCACACCACAAGCACGCCGCUAUCUCGUUCAAACUAUCUUGUUCCGAUUAACAAACAUUUAACUGUACUGUAUGACGAUAAUAAACCAACGAAAAACUAAACAAUUGAAACACGAUCUGGUCUGUUC